AUGGACACGCUCCGAUGCAUGCUUGCAGUGGCGGCGCAGCUAGAUUACAAAACACAGCAGUUUGAUGUGGACACCGCAUUUCUCUACGGCCGCACGGACGAAGAAGUAUAUAUACGUCAGCCAUUUGGCUGUGAAGACGUAUCUGAACCAGGUCUGGCGUGGUUCUUGCCACACGCGUUAUACGGUACCAAACAGGCCGCACGGGCAUGGUACGAGACAUUAUGCAGUCAUUUUAAUAAGCGAGGGUUCGAGUCCCUUAAGGCUGAUCCAUGCGUUUUCUUCAAGAUUGCAUCAUGUGUUGGAUUUUGCGCAGUGAUUGCUAAUGUUUACGAUUUGAUUGUUAUUGUUCCGAAACUGGACGGCAUUACAUUGGUGCGCGACGAGCUUUUGGGUAUAGAAGUGCAACGCGACCGUGCCUGA